AUCUAUAUUCUCCCUCCCGCUGUGGCUUCUCCACCCUCUCGGCCUCGCUUGGCUCGCCCUGUGUCCGCCGCAGGGCCGGCCAAGUGUCCGGCGAUCCAGUGGCAAACCGGAGGAGUCUCCCUCUGGCAUUGCCGAUGGAUAGUUUCCAGCCAUUCGAUAAUCUCCCUGAUUCGACUGAAUUCCUUCCUCAAGAGGAUGAUGUCCUCCAAUUCCUUGAAUUCUCCGACCCGGACUACACCCAGCCUCUUGCUCUCCCUGCGCCACCCGAUGUUGAAUCCACUAUGGAAUUGUCCGGCAUGAUGCAGGACGCAUCAUUUUGGGAUUUCGAUGUUCAACAGCCGGCAAACGAGCAGUUUGCGCCGGCCGAUCACGGAGUUGGGAAUUUUGAAGCCUUGCCACCGGUCAAUCAGGUGAUUCCGGCGGCAACCACCCCUGAGGUCUCGCCGCCCGCCAUAGAUUGCAGCGGAUGCCAAGCGUUGAGAGAAGUGGUUCAUUCCAACGGAUCACAAAAUAUGAAGCUUUCGAUCCAUGGAGGGCCUGGCACUUUCUAUCAUGCGAUACUCGAUGUCUACCACAACAUCCAUGGCUUUCCACGGGCUGCAGAGCAAUCCUACAUCGAGUAA